AACAUCGGUCACCAUGCCACCGUCGCGCCGCUCCAUCUCGCGUUUACACCCGACCAAAGCGUUUCUCAUGCAUGCAACAGGCAUUAGACUUUAUUAAACAAACUACUGGGGCGUUUAAGUUUGUCGUUUUAUAUAAAUCGAUCAUGAUUAUCGAAUAUUGGGACGCAUGACGCGGUCGAGACGCACAAAGAGAGAUUAUGGAGUGAACGCGCGACACACGGCCUCGAUAAUCAUCAUUAUAACAACAAUAAUAUAUAAUAUUAUGGCGUCUGUGAUCCGGACGUGUCGUAGUUUGGCUCUGUCCACCUGGUUGCUGUCCUUCUGUUUCGUGCAUCUGCUGUGUUUGGACUUCACGGUGGCGGAGAAAGAGGAAUGGUACACGGCGUUCGUCAACAUCACGUACGUGGAUCCGGACACGGCCGAGGUCCGGACGGAAAAAACGGAGUGCGGCCGUUAUGGGGAGCACUCGCUCAAACGUGAGGCCAGAGGCGUGUUGGCGAUGCCCGCUGCGACGCAGGACAGACACGCGUGCGACCCGAACACCAGAUUUACGCCGCGCGGACACGGCGCGUGGAUUGCGCUCAUCGGCACGGGGAACUGCACGUUCAAAGAUAAAAUCAGACACGCCGUUGGACACAACGCAUCAGCUGUGGUCAUCUUCAAUGUAGGGUCUCCCAACCCUAAUGAGACAAUAACCAUGCCGCAUCCAGGCAUAAGUGAUGUGGUCACCAUCAUGAUUCCAGAGCCGAAGGGCCGUGAAUUGGUUCUACUCAUGGAGAGGAACAUCACCGUUCACAUGCACAUCACCAUAGGAACACGAAACCUCCAGAAAUAUGUCAGCCGCACCUCUGUGGUGUUCGUCUCCAUCUCCUUCAUCGUCCUCAUGAUCAUCUCGCUGGCCUGGCUCGUAUUUUACUACAUCCAGCGGUUCAGAUACGCCAAUGCCAGGGACCGCAACCAGAGGAGAUUGGGGGAUGCGGCCAAAAAAGCCAUCAGCCAGUUACAAGUGAGAACCAUCAGGAAAGGCGAUCAGGAAACGGAGAGUGAUUUUGAUAACUGUGCCGUGUGUAUCGAGGGUUAUAAACCAAAUGACGUAGUGAGAAUCUUACCCUGCAGGCAUCUCUUUCAUAAAGGAUGUGUUGACCCGUGGUUGGUGGACCAUCGUACGUGUCCCAUGUGCAAAAUGAACAUCCUCAAAGCUCUCGGCCUUACGUCAAGUGCGGAGUGUUUAAAUGAACUUCCUCUGGACUACGAGCUUGCUGUGGGGGGCGUGGCUCUCAACGCCAUGUUGAUGAGCGAUGAUGUCAUGACCGGGGAUGUCGCCGGGGGGCGGGACCCUGGUGUCAGGAUGGUGGGUCUCCCUCAGGUCCUCCUGGACUCAGAGCCACUGUCCCAGGACACCUUGCCAACUGAACAAAGUGAGCUACAGCCAAUAGCCAGUAGCAGUUCAGAGGGGUCGCUUGCUACAGGGGCAGGGCAUUCGGACAUUGACACGCCCUCUGAAGAGCCCAAGUGCUAAUCUAGCCACACCCCAUGCUAUGGUUAUGUAGUUUGGGUUGCCCACAGCAAAUGGAGCAGGUGACAAUGGUGAUGGGCUUAGAAGGAUUGAAUGGGCUUAAAUUUUGGCCAGUGACUCACAAUAUAUAACUCACUGCCCCUGAAAACAUUAUUUUCAUCUUUUCUUCCUUUCUAUCUCUCUGAAAAACAGGGUAAAACUCUGUUCCCUCUCUUAAACGAUAGGCCAUUAUAGAGCCCACUAGAGUGUGAAGCACUUGUUCGGUAUCGGCAGACAAUCCGUUCUGCUCUGCUCGACAAUCCAACCAUCACUCUCCUAUCUUUCCUACCGUUGCAAUUUUUGCUGCCUGUAUUACCAUUGUCUCUGACCCCAGCGCAGAGAACAGAACGCGUUAAAGUCUAUUUUGAAUCUGAAAAAAGGUGGUUUAUUUUUCUAUACAGAUGCGUUUGAUGUGCUUGAGUUGUGAAGUAUUAAAAUAGUGUCAGUAUUUAGACGCCCUCUUGGAGGAAGACGUCCGGGUUCUGGAUUUGGCCCUCACCAAAGACGUCAGACCAGAGUGUGUGAUUUGGGACAUUGUUGAAUCCAAAUGGGGAGAAAAAGUGUGGAACUUUUUAGGAAAUGCUCUUUGAAUUCUGUGGACUAGGACAUGUGAUGAUUGCAUGCCACAUGCCCUCUCCAAUUGUGCUUGGACAUUUAAAGGGAUAGUGCACCCAAAAAUUUAUGUCAUUAUUUACUCACCCUCAUGCCGUUCCAAACCCCUAUGCUGUUAUUUUUUCCAUAGAAAACGAACAUAAUUUUUUUGAAGAAUCUUCACGCAGCUCUUUUCCAUACAACGACAGUUCACGAUGACCCUGUCUGUUAAGCUCCAAAAAGGACAAAAAGUCAUAAAAGUGGUUAAUAUGACUUGUGCGUUGUAUUCCAAGUAGAGGUAGACCGAUAUAUCGGUUUUAGCGAUUAAUUAGUGCCGAUAGUUGCUUUAUGAACUAUCGUUUAUCGGCAAAAAUCUAUGUCAAUAGUUGUUGGUAGUUUUUUCAUCAUUUCAAAAUAAGAGUCCCUGGUGUGUUUUGGGCUUGUUUAUACAUUAAAGUGCCACGUAAUGCACCAAAUCUUUAUUUUUUUCUGGUUAUUAUUGGGAUUUUGGUUGAACAAAAAACUGCAUCUGGGACUUUAUCCAUUUCUGACUUUUGUCCUUGCCCGCCAUAGUAAAGAAAGAAUAAGACAUUUUUCUGACAUCCUAUAAAUCAACCGAUUAAUCGGUUAUCGGCCUUUCCCACCACCUUUGUUAUCGGUACCGACAAAAUCCACUUUUGCUCGACCUCUAAUUCCAAGUUACUGCUAUUCACUGGUUAGUGUUGUACCAGGUUUAACAUCAUUGAUGGCAAACGUCAUCGGUUCGUAAGCAAACACAAUGAGAAUAUGUGGAAUGGAGAAUGAGAUUUUAGAGCUUCGGCGGAGUGAAUAACGACUUAAGUUUCAGUCUUUCCUCACACAAAACUGUCGUAUGCCAUGAAAAAUAGUGAACGAGUCAUUAGGACUGCUUUUAUGGUCCUUUAAUGGUGUUUUCUGUCCUUUUAGGAGCUUAAAGGAAUAGUUGACCCAAAAAUGAAAAUUCUCCCAUCAUUUACUCACUUUCAUGCCAUCCCAGAAGUGUAUUAAUUUCUUUACUUUAGCUGAACACAAACAAAGAUUUGUAAAAGAAUAUCUCAGCUCCGUAAGUCCUUGCAUGUGUCAAUGCAUGUGAAUGGUGCCUAGAAAUGUAAGCUCCAAAAAUCACAUAACGACUCCAGUGGUUUAAUAUAUAUCUUCUGAAGCGAUGCAAUCACUUUGGGCGAAAAACAGAUCAAUAUUUCAAUCCUUUUUUCACUAUAAAUCUCCACUUUCUCUUGCACCUUCAGAAUGUGAAAGAAUGUAAAAAGAUGAAUAGUACAAAAGGACGUAAAUAUUGAUCUGUUGCUCACCCAUACCAAUUAUAUAGCUUCUGACGACAAAGAUUUUACCACUGGAUUACCAUAUGGAUUACAUUUAUGCUGCUUUUCUGUGAUGUGUGUGGAGCUGGAAAGAUCUUGCCACUAUUCACUCGCAUUGUGAGGAACAACAGAGCUGAAAUAUUCUUAUAAAAAUCUUUGUUUGUGUUCUGCAGAAGAAAGAAAGUCAUACACAUCUGGGAUGACAUGAGGGUGAGUAAAUGAUGAGAGAAUUUUCAUUUUUGGGUGAACUGUCCCUUUAACAGACAUGGUCACUAUGAACUGUGUUUGUAUGCUCAAACAUUCUCCUUGUGUGUUUUUCAUGUGUUCAUAGUAACAUGAGGGUGAGUAAAUAGUGACAGAAUUUCAUUUUUUGGUGAACUGUUGCUUUAAACCUGUAACUUGUUCUUCCUCGUUUGGUUUAACUGUAUAUUGUAAAUAGGAGAAUAAUUUUGUCAAUACGAGACCCAUUUGUUUUUCUCCUUAAUUGCCAAGUUUUCCAUCAUGCACUUUAUGUAUUUAGAGACUGAAUUUCAUUUGAUAUUGAGAUUAUGAUUUCAGUCACGAGUUUGUAUAUUCACACACGUAAAUGCACACAAGUUCACCUCCCAGGACACCAAUAAGCACUUGGAACCCACUUUAUAUUAGGUGUCUUUAACUACUAUGUACUUAAGCAUUUGAUACAAUGUACUUAUAAUGUACAUAUGCAUUGUUGUAUUGUACUUGCAUUUAAAGUAUCUGCAUUUAAUUACAUCUGUAGUUACACUAUUAACCUUACACCUAACACUAAACCUACCCGUACCUCAACUUCAGUAGCAGCAAAUGUGAAUCUUUUGGGAAUUUUGCAGAACAACAUGUAGUUACACAAUAAAUACAUUGUAUUGUAUGUAUUUUAAUGGUAGUACAUAGUAGUUAAAGACACCUAAUGUAAAGUGGGACCAACCCUUGUCCUUGAAUUUAACACAAUCUCAGAUUUCACCCUCAUAUAAACACAAACAUUCACAUACAGUACAGAUUUGUUCCCAGGGCUUCUGCCCUUUUCAUGGUCAAAAUUUUGCACGUGUUUCAGUCAGACUGUGCUUUGAAUAUUAAUAAAUUUUAAUGUAAAUUCU